GACGAGGGGAGAGAGGAGAGAGGAGAUCGCCAGCCGCCUUCCUCCGACGCCCGCGAUCCUCCGCCCCCCACCCUACCCAGGACCCCUCUCUCCUCCCCGCCCCCUCGGAACCGGCGUGGGGGAAGCCUCCGGUCCUGCUCGCUCGCCGCAGACGCCGCGCACCGCCAUGAGUCACCGCCGCCACCGCCGGGUCUCCUCGGGCUCCGGGCAGCCCCGGCUGCUUCUCGCGGCGACAGGAGCUACGGUGACCGUCUAACUCCGCCGCCGCACCGCCGAGGAAGAAGAAGGAGGAGCUGCAAGGCGGGCAGGAAGCAGGCGGCGGCGGCGGGGGCUCCGUCCACCCGUCCCCUGCGCCCCGCAGAGAUGCCCAAGCGGGGAUAGCAUGGCCCGGCGCCCCAGACGGCUCCUUCUGCGCCGCCGCCUCGUCGGGCUGCUGGCCGGCGUCUCCGCCAUGCUUCUGCUGCCGCUACUGCAGGCGGGCCGGAGCUGCCCGUCGUGCUUCUGCUUCGCCACGCCGGACACCGUGCAGUGCCGCUACGUGCGCCUCCUCGAGCCCCCCGACGAGCUGCCCCGGGCCGUGCACAACCUCUCCAUCGUCGGCGGCAACCUGACGGUGCUGCGCACAGCCGCCUUCGCCGGAGGCUGGGCCCGCGGCGAGCCCCUUCGGCCGCUUGGCAACUUGACGCUGCUGGUACUGACGCACAACCACAUCGAGACGCUGGAGGAGGCGACCUUCGCCGGCCUGCCCGCCCUGGCCACGCUGGACCUGAGCCACAACCCGCUGCGCUCCGUGGCGCCGGGCGCCUUUGCCUCUUGCGCGCGGUUGCGCACGCUGCGCCUCAACCAGGCGCUGCUGGCGCCCGGGGCGCCGCCCUUCGCCGAGCUGUUGGACGGCGCGCUCUUGAACCUCAGCCUGGUGCGCCUGGAGCUGGCCGGCAACCGGCUGCGGCAGCUGCCGGCCCCCUGGGCCCUGCCUCCGGGCUUGGAGGAACUGGACUUGCGCAACAACUCCCUGCGGGCGCUGCGCUCCGAGCGCCUGGACGGCUUGGCGGCGCUGGGCCGCGUGCGGCUGCUGCUGGACUCGAACCCGCUGCACUGCGAUUGCGCCUCGCUGCGGCCCCUGCUGCUCUGGCUGCGCAACGCCACGUGGCGCGCGCCCGGGGUGCGCCGGCUGCGCUGCGCCUCGCCGCCGCAGCUGCGCGACCGGCUGCUGUGGCGCCUUCGGCUCCUGCAGUUGGAAUGCCUCGACGGCUCGGACUGGGCGCUGCUGGAGCCCGGCGGCUCCGAGGAAGAGGAGAUGGAGACGGCCUCGUACGUCUUCUUCGGCAUCGUCCUGGCGCUCAUCGGCGUCGUCUUCCUCAUGGUGCUCUACCUCAACCGAAAGGGCAUCAAGCGGUGGCUCAGCAAUCUCCGAGAAGCCUGCCGGGACCAGAUGGAGGGGUAUCACUACCGCUAUGAGCAGGACAGCGACCCGCGACGGGCCAGCCCCGGAGACCUCUGAGGCAAGCUGGCAGCAGGCCUGGGGAGCUUCAUUCCACCACCACCCCCACCCAAAAAAAACAACUUGAGAAGGGCGGUGGUGACACCUUCCUUUCUGGUCUUCCAAAGUGGGGGGGGAUGGACAGACAAGUGGAAACCCACUACCCAGCUCUGCAAACUUGUCCAAAACUCUACCUGUUGGGGGGGUGCAGGGACAUCGCCCCAGGCAAGGUGCAGAGGACCCCCUCAACCCCAAGGGUGGCUCACGACUGACUCUGCAGGCACCCUAAAGCCAGCCUCGAGGGGACUGUGUGGGCAAUCUCUCCCCCACCUCCCACAAACCAAAGGGACACGUUUUCCAGUUGCACCCUACUUGGGGGCACUCAGCUUUUUACCCACUAAGGUAUGCCCAGCCCUCCCAACAUGGGGUGUGCGUGUGCUUUGUCUAAUUAUAAUUUAAAAUGCCUCCCAAACCGUCACCCGCUAAGAAGGAAUCUCCCCAUUCUGGACACAGGACUAUGCAGCAUAGGCUUCUAUCUAGGGGGAACUGGGAGUGUUAGUGAAGCACGUGAACGCAAGCAGGUACUCGCUUGGCAUCAGUAAGGAUCAGGCAGACGCAGCAAUGGAGAAUAAGAAGGUGAAGUUUAUUGCCAGGCAAUAAGGACCCAGUUUGGAAUCUCUUCCAAAAGGAACUGGGACCCCGAUUGACAGAAAUCCAGAGGUCUUUAUACCUGAGCAGAUCACAGCAAAUCAUAGAUCAUGAGACAACCAUGAGGCAGUCACGAUAUCGCCAGCGAGAAUUAGCCAAUUAGCGAGCUUCUUGCCAUGCUUCCAGCUCCUGGUCAAGCACUGGUCAAGCACGGAGUUCUAAUUCUGCUUUCCGCUGCUUGCAGUGACGCUCUGUCUAACCUCUCCCCUAGUUAUGACAGGACAGGGAGUAUUGGAGAUUUUGUGGUUUAGCUCUUCCUGUUCUGUGGAUUAAUUUAGCCUGUAUCUGAGGGGAUUUUGUACCAGUAUCUCUGAUUCACGUCUUCCCCUUGUCCAGGGUACACGGAUGUUUGUAGGGGAAAGGUCGGCUCCUAAUUUUGCUGUUUCAAGCAGUUUGCAGUUAGCUAAGGCACAGCUUCCCUUUGAUUCAAAAUGGAUUAUACAAUACUGUAAGCCCUGAUUAUGUGUGAGCAUAUAUGAAUAUUUUGAUUACUGAUAACUGAUUAUAUGAAUUGCAUAAGGGUAGCCCUUCUUUCUUGCCUCAUUAGGAAUUAUUUGGCCCCAAUUCUAAUCUGCCCCCAAAUAGGGGGAAAGCUGGGAUCCUGAGCAGACUUCCCUGGAAGUGAGUCCUGUUGAACUAAAAUCGGACUUGCUGCCAAGUAAACAUGUAAAAAAACAACAACUGGUGCAUGAAAACCCCACAUUAUUCUGCCUGCAGCUAACCCAUUGCCCCAUUCUCAGCUCUAGGCGCAGGAGAAGGCUGACGCAGCAGUCACCUUGGCAUGGUCAGGAUUUAUUCCUUACAGACCUCCAAGCUUCAGGGAACAACAGGUUUAUAGCAGAAUCAUCUCCCCUUCUGCUCCCAAACACACACACUCGCCACCAUGACAUUGUCCUAGCAGAGAAAGGUCUUGCUGCCUUGCUUUUGAGUAGUCCCACUGAAAUCGACAAAUUACUCCAGAGUCAGUAGUUCGCUAAAGAAAGGCUGUUGAGCUGCCAUCUUCAAACAGCUUCUUUCUGGAGUAGGCCCAUGGAUUUCAGUGUCGCUAUUGUACAAGUAAGUGGAUUUAGGGUGGCAGUUUAAUUGCCUUUAGAACAGCAUUGCAGUGUGGGGGGGUGUCCCCUGGAAUCACCGGGCAGUGAGAAAAAAGUUUAAAGCUGACCUUCCUCUUUCGCCUCUCUCCAUCCCCCUGUGUUUAAGGAACAAGGGGGCUGGGAUCUUGCAUCCAGUGCUAGCCUUACUCAGAGUAGACCUAAUGGAAUCAAUGGGCAUGACUAACUCAGGCUCAUUGAUUCCAGAGGGUCUAUGCUGCUAGCUUUGGGUGCAACCUGCAGCCACGGUCUUCAUGGUUGGAGAAAGAAAUGGGGGAAAACCCUGGACAUAUAAAACUUGGAUUUUCUUUGGGAGAGCAAGAAAACUCUAUUCCCUUUCUCCUUUGCACAGCCCGUUUCCUCCAGCAAAGCCAGUUUUCCCUGGCAAAAGUGAGGGCUACCAAAUCCUGCCUGGCUCUAAACGAAUCGAGGCCGUCCCUCUGGGGUGAGUUUGUCCCCUGACAGCAACUGAGUGCAAUAGGGCUCCAUUAGCUGGAACCCUGCAACCCCCCCACGCCCCCCUGCUUUUACUGUCGUCAGUUGAAGCUGACUCAGUUCUCUUCAACUCACCCCCCAACCCCCCAAAAAUACUAUUUCUGUUUCCCAGCCACCAAAGAGCUACUACCCAACUGUUAGGCAGCUCAGCACAGAAACAUUUGCGGAGGAAGGACCUGACCUGAGAGAGAGAGAGAGAGAGAGAGGAUGUAAUUUUCUCUUUGCUUCCCUUCGAGGAAAUUAAUGGUUGGCUGUGCUCCCCCCUGCCCUACAGAAGAGAAUGCAAAUGUUCAACAGUAGCAAACCCUCCCCACUUAGACUGGCUGGCUGGUUGCAUGACUCCGAAGCAUGCAUAAAAUACGACGACUUAAUUUCCCAAACUGUGAAGUAAUGACAGAUGACUUAGAUUAGGGCCGUUUUCGCUGAUCUUUGUAUCAGGUGGGGGAGAGGGGUUUGAAACGCUCGUUCUAGUUCAUUCUUCCACAAGUUUGCUUUAGAACAGUGCCUGUUAGCGUGGUUUUUGGGCACGGCAGGAUGAGCUCCCAGCCCGGUGCGCUACAGUUCCUCUGGCUGGUGGCGCUACCUGUCAUGCCAAAAGCCGCUGUUAGUCUCUGCCUAGAGCAAAGAAAUUGAAAUUUGCAUCUCUUAACUGUAUUGUACUUUUUUCUAUAAAGCUUAUUGCAAUAAUUUC